GGCCGGCGGCCUGGAGGAGGCGGGGUGAGGCCCGGUCAGGGCAGGGAGGGGGAGCUGUGGAAUGGCGGCCGGGCGGGCUGGGCCGCCCUGGUGAUAAGGAGCCCGGGGGGCCGGAGAGAGCAGCACCGGAGCGGGAACAGCGCCUGAAGCAGGUCCACCAUGCCGUUAGUAACGAGGAACAUUGAGCCAAGGCACCUGUGCCGUCAGACGUUGCCUAGCGUUCGAAGCGAGCUGGAAUGCAUGACCAACAUCACCCUGGCAAAUGUCAUUCGACAGCUGGGCAGCCUGAGUAAAUUUGCUGAGGACAUAUUUGGAGAGCUGUUCACUCAAGCCAACACUUUUGCCUCCCGGAUGAGCGUUCUUGUCGAGAGAGUUGACCGCCUGCAAGUCAAAGUCACUCAGCUGGAUCCCAAAGAGGAGGAAGUCUCCCUGCAAGGCAUUAACACCAGGAAGGCCUUCAAAAGUUCUACAACUCAGGACCAGAAGCUCUUCGACAGAGAUUCUUUGCCAGUGCCUGUCCUUGAAACCUAUGGGACCUGCAAUACUCCUCCACCUCUCAACAUUCUUUCCCCUUACAGGGACGAUGGCAAGGAGGCGCUUAAAUUCUACACGGAUCCUUCCUAUUUCUUUGACCUCUGGAAGGAGAAAAUGCUCCAGGACACCAAGGAUAUUAUGAAAGAGAAGAGGAAGCACAGGAAAGAGAAAAAGGAGAAUCCGAACCGAGGAAACGUGAACCCCCGGAAAAUCAAAACCAGGAAAGAAGAGUGGGAGAAACUGAAAAUGGGGCAAGAAUUCGUUGAGAUCAAGGACAAACACGGCCCUGCUGGGUACCCCUCUAACAUGGUGUAUCAGAACGGCAGCAUCGGCUCCAAUGAAAGCAUGGACGUGAACUGCUACCCGCCACCGCCGCAGACUGACUCUAUUGUGCCACCACCUCCUUCGUUCCCAGAUGACAGCCUGCCUCCACCCCCGGUGGAAUUUAGCUAUCCUGUAGACAACCAAAGAGGUUCUGGUUCUGGAGGGACCAAGAGAUCCAGCCUGGUUAGCCCAAGCCACCCACCACCAGCUCCUCCCAUCGGAUCCCCUGCUGGGGCCAGGCCGGGCUUUGCUCCCCCUCCGGCACCACCUCCACCACCACCACUGAUGGGCAGCACCCCUCCUCCACCACCCCCCGUGGGAUUCCCAUCCCCGGGGACCCCCCCUCCACCCUCUCCCCCCUCUUUCCCACCUCACCCCGAGUUUGCUGCCCCACCACCACCGCCGCCCCCUCCAGCGGCCGAAUACAGCAGCGUGCAGCCCCCUCCUCUGCCCCAGCCGGGCGGUGGGAGCGCACCACCUCCCCCUCCUCCACCCCCACCUCCUGGCCCCCCACCUCUGUCUUCCAGCGGCCUCGAUGGGCCCCCAGCACCGCCUCCACCCUCAGACACCUCCACCUCCAAGCCCAAGUCAUCCUUGCCCGCGGUUAGCGAUGCCAGGAGCGAUUUGCUUUCAGCCAUUCGUCAAGGCUUCCAGCUCCGCAAGGUGGAAGAGCAGCGUGAGCAGGAGAAGCGGGACGUUGUUGGGAAUGAUGUGGCAACCAUCCUUUCCAGACGCAUUGCUGUGGAGUACAGUGAUUCUGAGGAUGACUCUUCAGAGUUCGAUGAGGACGAGUGGUCGGAUUAACCACGGUCCCAUCCCCUCGCUUCCCUUCCCUCCUGGGUUAACGGCUUCUUAAAGAACCAGGUGGCCAAACCUCCCACCGUUUCCUUUUCAUCCUGUAACCAAAGAUGUGCCAAGGGUUUUCAGACGACCACCAGCAUAUCUCCCCCAUCCCUCCCCCCUCCCCCAGGCUUUGGCAGGAGUUGGUGCUCUGCCUUUCCUAAUGUCUCCUCACGGGCAGUGAGGGUGGCAGUGGUGGGAUUUGGCUGGAUGGAGUGGAACGGUUGCUUAUCUAAGAGAACUGAACCUCCAGAUUCUCGCUGCCACCAGGCAGAGCACACAAAACCCCUCCGUCCUGAGGGAUUCUUAAAGCAAAGAUGGAUGAUCCUGUUGUGGCCGCGUGGCCUUUCAGAUGAAGGACAUUUUCAGCCAGUUUCCUCAUUGCAACAGCAGGCAGUUGAUCUAGUGGCUCUUCCUUUCUGGUGAAUACUGGUAGUGCUGCAAGAAAAUGGGCUUUAAAUGUCUGUUCUCUGCCGCAUCCCGCUGUCACAUCAUCAGUUUUCGGCAGCAGGGCACGAUUCUUUCCCCUCUGACCCUCCUUAGUAUUGCCAGACUUAACCCCCCACACCCUACAGGGUGCAGUGCUGGCUGUAGGGCUGCAUAGGGACAAUGUGAGGAGGGGUUUGUUCUGGUUUUUAAUGCUGCCUUUUACCUCCGGGACUGCUUUGCCACAAGAGAGCCUUGCACAAAGGGAUGCAGAGCUGCAGCAGGGACGGCUGCUAGCAAAGCCCAGAAGUGCCUACAGCAGGGAGGAGGUGGGUUGGGCUGCUCUGAGCACCAGGCCCCUUUUGGACCCACUGCAACAGCUGCUUUCCUACUGCAGGAAUGGCUGGGGUUACCCUUGCUUCCUCCUCCCUUCCACCUCAGGAUUGAAGGGUUUGUGUGCCUAAAACCACGUCGUGGGUGUGAGCUGAGUUGCCCAUUGGUUACACUGGACCUAUGCUGUGUUGUUCCCUUUGUUUUGUUAUGAUAGUUGAUUAGUUGAUUGUUAGGAACAUUUCUUCUCCUAGCUAACCCUAUUCCUACCUAGGCUGCUCACUACAGGCAGGGGGAAUAAGGGAGAACUUGAACCAGGUGUUAGUGCUGUUUUAUAUCACACAGAAAUCCAUUCCAAAGCCUUGUGGAGACACAGCUCGGCCUGCCCUGGGCCAGGACCAUUAAGAGCGAAUCUCCAACCUCUUUGCCUUUCUAAUUGUAAAGUAUUCUGCCAGCCUGGGCCUGUUGUUCCCUCUCCAGCUUGCCUUGUAUCACUGUGUUGCUGAUAGCUGGGAUGCCAGGCCCAGCUGGAGGCUGCUGGGUUGCUGCAAACCCUUCUUGGGGCUUUGAUUGAUGAUUUCACUUGGUGCCAUCGAGUUCUUACUGAUUUCUCGCGUGUGUGUCGGUGCAUUUUUAAUGCGUGCCACAGCAGAUGAGGGCCUGGAGGGAGGAGGGGCUUUGCUGGGGUGUGGGUCGGGCUGGGAUCUAACUCAGCCCUAUGUACUAUUAGGAGAGCUUCAGCGGGCUCUCCACCAUUCCAUGUGUGGUUGUAGAUGGGCAGGAUGCAGAGGACACAGUGAGGCAUCCCAGCGGGCUGGGAACAUCUGAGCAGGAUCUGGAAGAGGGAAAGAAACCCCUCGAGUGCCAUCGUGCAGCGGAGGGACUUGGAAAUGCAAAGUGAUGAGUGCUGGGGCUGCAGGAGAAUGGCUGCCUGUUUUCCUGCUCCUCCUGUAAGCAUCCUCCUCUGGCUGCUCUUGGAGACAGGUUCCUGGGGAAAACAGACCUUUGAGCUAAGCCAGGCUGACAGCGUUAUCACACAGGGAAGAGCCGAGCUCAACAAAUGCCAAACCUGGGUUCAUUUUAAAUUGCCUUAAGUAGACUUGGCCCCCUGUUGGGAAAGGGGAGCGUGUUUUUCUGUCGUGUGAGAUGCAAUGAAGUGCCACGUUCCUUGCAGCCCAGCAUGGCUGUGCCUCGGGGCGCUGGGGAUGCAGUCACCCCACACCUAUGGCACAGGGAUGCUGUGGGUGCGCGGUGCAGCUGCAGGUGUUGCACUGUGCUCUGCUGGCAGCAGGGGGGAUGCUGCCUUGGCUGUGCAAACCUGCUGUUACCCAGGGCUGCUUUCAGAGCCGGGGUGAGAGGCAGAACUGCAAGAUCCCGUGCGGAGGGACUGCAGAUAUAAAGCUGAGCGUGGAGAUCCCUGCGAGACAAAGGGUGUGAGGUGUCCAUCUGUGAGCAGUGCUGCAGAGCCACCGAGCCAGCCUCGUAUCUCUGAGCACAGCAGGGGCAGAGGAGAGGUGCCAGCAACAACCUUUGCAAAGCAGAGCAGCUGUGCAGCGCUGCAGGGCCCAGCCCUGUGCUCUGUCUUUGCCUCUCCCCAUGGCAGCAGAGCCUUGUUUAUUCUACAUGGCCAAAAGCAGGGCUGGCAGCCACGGGCCAACCCUCUGCCCGUCCCCAUGGAUGUCUGAUGACCUUCACUGCUUCCUCCUCCCCUUAUCAGACCCAGAGCACUGGGGGCAGUGGGCUCUGUGAGGUCCCAGAUGGUCCCGGAGCUGCACCGUGUCAUUUCAGGGCAGGGAUAUUAUGGUCCAUGGGCUCACACAGUGCUGAGCUCUUGGAUGGAGCAUCCCCAGGGCAGGUGCUGCUGCCCCAUCUCAGCUCCGUGCUGCUCAUUCCUUCCUUUCGGAUCGCUUUAAACAAAGCCUUGAAGCAGGGAAGCGGAUUCGCUGGGUUUUAUUACCGUAUUAACGUUCAUUUCAAUCCAUUUCAGCAACUAACUCCUCGCUCUUCCUGCUUCCAAUGUCUUAGGCGAGCUGUAACCCUUCCAAAGUGCCUUAUUUGUCCUAUACGACAUAAAGAUAUUUAUGAGAACUAUGCUGUGUGUGUGGCCGGGGUUGCACUGCAGAGCUGAGUUGGAGCGAUGCUCUCAGGGUGCUGGGGUUGGGGAAUAAAAUACCACCUUUAUCCA